AUGUUUGGCAUGCGCGCGUGGCCCACCCCCUUCCUCCGCCCCAUGUGGCCCUUCAUGGUCGGCGCCGGCAUGACCUUCUACCUCGUCAACGCCGCACAGAACGCCAUGCUCCAGAGCGACGAGUUCAAGAACUCGCCCAAGAACCCUCACCGCAUCUCGUCCACCCCCGCCGCGCACUAA